AUGUUAGUUCUGCGAGGAUCUCGGAUUCUUGUUCCUAAAAGUCUGAAAGAGAAUGUCCUUAAACUAGCUCAUGAGGGACAUCCAGGAAUAGUCGUUAUGAAGAGGAACCUAUGGACCAAAUUAUGGUGGCCUGGAAUUGACCGGGAAGCUGAAAAGUUCUGCAGGUCAUGUAAUUCAUGUCAACUCGUAAGUUCUCCAGAGAAAUCAGAACCGAUGAAAUCAACCGACAUACCAUCGUCUCCAUGGGAGCACAUUUCUGCAGAUCUUAUGUGCUUACCUACAGGAGACAACUUGUUUGUUGUUGUUGACUACUACAGUCGGUAUUUUGAAGUUGAUGUCAUGAGGUCUACAACUACUGAUAGAAUUGUACGGAGUUUGAGGAAAAUGGUUCUUACACAUGGAUUGCCAGUGAGCAGAACUACAGACAACGGACCUCAGUUUAGGAGUUCUGACUUUAAGGAUUACUUAGAAAGUGAGGUAAUCAUGCAUAGGAAGACCACACCCCUUUGGCCCCAAGCGAAUGGAGAGGUAGAGAGGCAGAAUCGAACACUUCUCAAACGAAUGAGGAUUGCAUUUGCAGAAAAACGGAACUCUAUUUCCGACACCAGUGUUGAGGAGGAUGUUGAGAUCACAGAUCGUGACGGUCAAAACAAAGGGAAGGGGAAGCUGUACGCAGAUGCGAGACGUCAGGCUAAAGAAUCGGACAUUGGAAUCGGAGACAAAGUACUGGUGAAACAAGACAAGCAGGAUAAACUUACACCGAACUUCUAUGAUGAACCAUACAAAGUCAUCGAGAAAUCUGGAAACGCUAUAACUGUGACUGAUGGGAGAAACGCCAAAUACAAAAGGACCAUUACUCAUGUUAAACAGUAUAAUGAUGCUGAUGGGAAAAACAAAGAUUGCACGAGUGAGAUUCCAGAGGAUUGCGUACCACCUCAGUCAGACGAUACAAACCUGGAAGACUCUAAUGAUACACCUGUACCUUCUACUAGCAGGCCGAAGCGAGAGGCAAGACUCCCCGCCAGAUUCAAAGACUCUGUGAUGAGUGACUGA